UGAUUUCUCAGUAUGCGUCAAGUGGUCAAGUGUCAUCUACAGACAGUAGGAAACCAUAAGAGAAGAGAACAUGCCUUCAAAAUAAAAUGUGAGACGACCCAAGACUUUCCACUCUGGAAACUUCUUUUGACAUUCGCCAGAAUAACCAUAGACUGUGUAUGUGUCGGUCUAUGAGAAUAACAAAACGUUUAAUUUGAAAUUUGUGACCGGAAGUACACGUGUCCUCCACGUAAAUGAUCCGGUAUCAACACUUGCACGGAGGACUUUCCACGAUGACAUCCUCUGCAUUGUUGGUAUUGCUGAUUCUUCAGUUUGGAUUUGGACAAAGCGCUCAUAAACAUCUCCAGCAGCACAACCCUGAACAUGACAUGAACAUCCUGCUGGGAGAUGAGGACACUGGGGAGAUAAAGAAACUUAGCCCAGCAGAGCAGAGGAAAAAGAUGAUGGAAAUUGUGAAGCGGAUUGAUACAAAUGCUGACCAUCUCCUAAGUGCAGAGGAGGUCACGCUGUGGAUUCAGCAAGUCUACAGAAAAUAUGCUCUGGAUGAUGCGAAGGAGCGUUUCCCUGAGUUUGACACUGACAAAGAUGGUGUUGUUACUUGGGAGGAAUACAACAUGGUCGCUCAUGACCAGCUCAUUAGUUUUGAUGACAGCGCUGUUCUGGAGGAUCCAGAGCAGGAGUCUCUCAGACACCUCCACCUGAAAGAGAGAAGGCGCUUUGACUUUGCUGAUGUGGAUGGCACACCGGGGCUUAAUGUGACAGAGUUUCUUGCCUUUACCCAUCCGUCUGAAGUGGAUCAUAUGGCUGAUUUUGCCAUUGAGGAUGUGUUGAGUGAAUACGACACAGAUAAAGAUGGACUCAUCAGUCUGAAUGAAUUCAUUGGAGAUGUCCGUGGUGAUGAGGAGUCCCCGUCACAGUGGGAAAUUGAAGAAACAGUGCGGUUUAAAGACCUCUAUGAUCAAGAUCAGGAUGGCAAGUUGAAUCGAGACGAGCAACUCCGCUGGGUGGCGCCUAAUAGCUACGGCUCAGCAAGAGAAGAGGCUCUUCACCUCAUCAAGGAAAUGGACCACGAUGGAGACAGACAGAUCUCAGAGGCUGAAGUUUUGAAAAAUCAAGAAACAUUCAUGAACAGUGAAGUGACAGACUAUGGCAGACAGCUGCAUGUAUCACAUGAUGAACUAUAACUGGACUUGAUGUUCUUUUUUUUUUUUUGUCAUUUGUUUCCAGGAAAUUGUAAUAUUUAUUUCCUGUGUUGUUCUUUGACAGUAGUGGAUUUGCUUCAUUGUUGAUCUUAUAUGCUAACAACCAUUUGCAAUAUUGAAUGAAAUUGACAAAAUGACAGGGAAACAUUUUUCACUCAACCAUUGGACAAUUACGCACCUCUAAAACAUUUACAGUGGUUUUUAAAGUGCUCAUAUUAUGCUUUUUGGCUUUUUUCCUGUCCUUUUAUUUUGUUAUAUAGCUUUUUUGUGCACGUUAUAGGUUUACAAAGUGAAAAAGCCCAAAAUCCACCCCAAAGGGACCAUCACCAACACAAAACACUGUUAACAAACUGCUCCAAACAGCUCUAUUGUAGUCCAGCCUUUACUUCUGUGACGAACACGUUAUAAUGCUCACCUAGCUGCUAGCGUGGCACGCCCUCAUACUCUGCUUCUGACUGGGUAAUAGCCCUCACCUAGGGAUUGCACAUGUGCAACUCCCAACAAAGAUGGAACAGAAGUGUGAUGUCUCACUCUGGAGUUGCAGCAAUGUGCAGUACAAUAAAAAAUAUGGUGUUUAUAGAAAAUUUUAACUUGUUCUGAUAUAACCUCUAAAUUCAAUUAUGAACCUGAAAAUGAGCAUAAUAUGAACACUUUAAGCAAAUUCUAAACAUCAAACACUUCACAAAAUAGUUUGUCCUGCAGGCUUGCUAUAUUGGAUUACAUAAUAUUUUAAGCAGUUCCUGUUAUUUUGUCCAUUUCCCAUGCACAUACUGCUAAAGUACGGGGAGGUUCAACUGGGAGAAUGAUUGUAACCACUUUUUAAGGACGAGUUUGUUUUGAUUACAUUUUACAGCAGGUUUGUUGAGCUGUAUCACCAUUAGUGAUUCUCUCACACGUUGCCAACUGUGAGCUGACGCAUCGUAUCAGUCCAGUUGUGGCAACCGCUGGCAGGUUGCAGCUCUUCCUCAUUUAAAUCAAAUGAGUAAGCGAGUGAGUGUUGCUGCUUGAAGGCUGGUUUCCUGAAUGUGUCAUGAUCCAUUUCACUUGCAUCGAGCAACAGCCUGUUACACUGCUGGCUGCUUUAAAGUGACUUAGAGUUGAGUGGAUCCUCCAACACGGACUAUUUUUAACCACCGCCAACAUGACAUUACAAUUUAAAGAUGCUUUUUGGGUAAGUCAGUGUGACUCUACUAAUCCAUACUUUUUUUAUGUUUAUGUUCAGAGCUCUAGUUGGCCAUGAAUUUUCACUCAGCUGUGAAAGUCAGCAUUGUUGUAUUUAGUAUCUUCACUGGAGUUUUGAGGUAAUAUCUGUUUUGUGCCGGUCCACCUCUACUGUAUUUAUGCCUUUCAUUUUUUGUAUUUUUCAUACCACAGAGGCUACUAGUAAUGCAUUUAGUUAUAUAUCUUUUACUACAGUUUGCUAAACACUUUGUCCUGUUUUUAGAAUUAUAAUGUUUGCUUUCUUUCCUUUUUCUCCCUUUGAAACUCACUGAACAGGUACUGAAUUGUUGCUUGGAUUAAAACAUUAACUAUGUACGCAGUCUU